AAAUCAUGCGGUGGAGUUUGAAGAAGGAGGAAAGUGCUUUAUUUGUUUGGAGGAGACGCUGAUUGGUAUUUCUAGUGAGAGCUUCAGCCUUUGGAGCCUCUGUUUCUGGCCGAUUCCUUUCCAGCUCAUUUAGUGCAGUUUGCCAGCGCACUGCUGGGUUGCACAUGGCGAGGGCUCGAUUCGCUCGUCUGCCCUUGAGGGCUGCCAUGGCAAGAUCGUAUUCCCUGCAGUACACCAGUGAUUUGGGGAAACGCCAGUUAUCCCAGGGACUUUUGCUCCGCGUGUUUGUUUCCUCGUUGUCACGAUUGUAUUAAAGGGAAAGUCCUUCAAGUUUUGUUUUGAGGGGUGGGGAACAAGGUUAACAGGCAUGAUUUCUUACACUCUUCAGGAAAAGACAACUAACUGUGUAGAUCAUUACUGAGCCAUCUUCGUUUUGAACAACCCUGUACCAAUCAAGAUUAUUUUGCUUUCUAAAGAGAAUCAGAUGGCAAUUAAAAGUAACUUACGCGUUUUUGUUUUACCUGGGUAGCUUUUGCGAGCGUGUAAAACUUUUUUUUACCAUAUUUGCUGAUGUUCCGACAGAACUUGUUGAUUUUGUUUUGUUAAACAGUUGACUGGGCUUUUUGAUGUCGUAAGGCAAAGUACAGAUUAUGUUCCUCUUUAACUGUGUUGACAAAUGAAGGCAUGACUUGCUGCCAAGAUCUGAUGCUGUAGUACAUUCCUCCUGUACAGGCUAGUCCUAUACAACACGACUGUUCCUAGUUGGGAGAAUGGAAUGCGUAAGGUAUUUUGAGGUUUAAGAUUGGUGUCACAUAGAGAACCCUGUACAGUAUACAGGUGGAGAGCACAUUGCAAUCAUAGGCACAGCAAAAGUAAUACUCCAACCAGCGGCAAGUGCAGCAGAAAUGAUAUGGGAUUUUUGGAAAUUUCUUCAGACUAAGUCUGCCUAAACAAGCUGUCUCAAGCAAAUUUACUAAACAGUCAAGUUGAGUAAUGAAGACAGUGAUAUUCUCGCAGCUAGUUUUCGUGCGGACCUAAAAUGGAAGAUGCAGCCUAAAAUGAUACUGACUGACUAUUGUCCCCAAUGUAGUGGAUCCAAAGAGUUACCAUGGUGACUCUUUUAACCAAAGGUCUGGAAAACAAGAACUUGGGUUAUGGUACAUGCAACACCUUCAGCUCUGAACUGCACCAUCCAAAGAAGAUGAGUAAAGGGCCUACCCUCCUCUCAUGUGGAAUCAUGGAGGGGGAUCGGUGGAGAGACAUCAGCAGGAAGUGUCAAAUUGACCUUGAGCACACCACCAAUAAUCUGGAUUCACCUUGGACUUGUUUGACUGGUUCGGAGAACUGUCAAGUGAAUACAGUCUGGCCAAGUGAUUCAAAUCCAGCAUCUACUGUGACCAGUUUAAUUAAAGACCUCAGUCUUAGUGAUCGAAAUGGCCAUCCAUCAGCACCUCCCAGCAAACGGCAAUGUAGGUCAUUGUCAUUUUCAGAUGAACUAACGAGCUGUCGGUCACCAUGGAAACCUAGUGGGUCAAAGGUCUGGACUCCAGUUGACAAAAGGCGCUGUCACAGUGGGAGCAGUGUUCAACAUUGUUCAAAUGGGGUCUCUACCAUGCAGAGGAGCUCAAGUUUCAGUCUGCCUUCAAGAUCCAAUGUUUUUUCAUUCUCAUGUGAACCCUUGGCUACCAGUAACAGUUCUGUGUGCCCCCAGGGAAAGGGCUUUUGGACCACACCUACUUUUGGAAGGUUUCAAGAUGAUUUGCGUCCUGAUUCCAGUUCAGGAGUAGUGUCCGGGGUUGAUCUACUGCGACCCCUUUCCUUAUCUCAUGAGCAGAUAUCUGUGCUGGAGUUUGGCACGCCGUCCACAAUGAGUACAUCUGCUGCAACUCCAGAACCUGUGCAGCAGACCAACCGACUGCUCCGCAGCAGGUCACAGCCAUGUGUCCACAACGAUCAGAAAGUUGGGAUGAAACGCCGUAGACCAGAUGAAGAUCAAAGACCAUCACUUGACCUUGCCAAGAUGACUCAGAAUCUCAGGAAUUUUCACAGCCCCUGCUCAGUGGGUUCCACUGGGAAUGAUUGCUGCCAGCAGGAACAGACCAUCUCAGCGAACUCAAUGGCAGCAAAGACUUGGACACCACACGUCUAUGUUUCAGCUCCCAUGCCAGGCACAACCCCCGCCUGCAGUCCAGAACCACAACAUCAUGGAGACUCAGAAAAGCCCUCUACUAGCAAAGGGGAAACUGGCAGGCAGAACUCUAAAGGGUUUGGAGUUGUGAAGCAAAGCUGGCCAAGUGAGAAGAAUGAUAAAGGCUCAUGGAGGAAGGAGGAAGCUGGACAAGAUGUGUUUCAGCUGGAUGGUGAACUAGACAUUGAGCAAAUAGAAAACAACUAGGCUAUCAGGAUCUAGGAUGCAUGAGCAGAUGAGAUCUAUAAAAUUGUGCACAGUUUGCUGCAUUUAUUGUGUUUUUAAACAGUGCUCCAAGGGCAUGUUAAAUCAAACAACUCCACAUUUCAGUAUGUCUAUACCUGAAUAUUCAAUUUGCCAAAAGAAAGUCAGACAGUCCUGCCUCUGUGGGAGCAAACCCAAACGGGAUUGGAGGUAAUUUGUUUUUGACCUACUUAUCAUACACAGACAUAAUUGUCCAAGACAUUGGGUAUAAAAGCAUGCUCAAGAAAGAGUGGUCACUCUCUACAUGUUUCUAUCUAAGCUUGCUGGUAGUAGUUUUAUAUAAAAGCUGCUUCAAAUGCAGUGCGAAUGAUCUUUGCCAUUCUGAUUUAGUAAUUGACACUUUUCCCAAUAUCUGUGCCGCCCCCCCCCCGCCCAUAAUCCUAACAGAGAUGCCAACUUUCCAACCCCAAACUGUGAUCUCAAUGGACUAAAGCCACAAAAGCAAUCUGUCAACUGCUGCACAUUUGUAUAAUGUUGUGCUUUUGUUUUUGUUUAAUUUUGAUUCCUUAUACUUACCUAUUUAUUUUUAAAACUGCCCUAACAUUUAGCUUGCUUCUUUUUUUUCUUGCAUCUAGACUCUGGUAUUGUCUUGCUGUGGUGAGCAAAACAGAACAAUUUAAGUUUUGACUGCUGUCUUAUGUUUCCCAGCAUGUUUGUACUGCAUUAUUACAGAUAUUUUCCUCCCAUUUUUAAUGAGCGAAAAUAUAAUCAGGAGCAAAAUAUGUUUCUGUGUUUGCAAUGAGACUCAGUUGUUAACUCCUCCUCACUGGUGCAAUGAGGUGAUUGAUUGCCUACCUUGCUGUAGAAUUCUGAGGAGCAUAUACCCAGUGGUAUCUGUAGAAUGCCACUUGCUGAGCUCUUGACCAAAGGAUAUUAGCAGCCUAACAUAAAAGAAAGGCAGGGCUAAAACAGACAGCAAGAGAUGUUUUAUCAGUGAAUUUCAAAAUUAUAGGAAUACUGUCUUCGAGCAACAAAUGGAAAGCAAGCUUAUUAAUUUUGCUAAAACAUGCAGAAACUUAUGGACAGGUCUGAAAUCUAGUUGUAAAGGAAACUGUCCAGGAUUCCUAUCAGAAUCAGGAGAAUUGGCAUCUCUGGUUUAGACACCACCAGAUUCCCAAUUAUCUGUGUGUGUGUGUGUGUGUGUGUGUGUGUGUGUGUGUGUGUGUCUGUCUGUCUGUCUGUCUACUGUAGACUCAGGGUGUCCAUAAAUGGACUUAUGAACUUUUUUUAAAAACCCACAACGUUUCUUAAUUUAUAUUAAAAUUGUACAAUACAGGACAAAUGUGUUUUCUACUGCAAGGAUUAUUUUCUCGUACUGCAUGUAACAAAUUAUCUACAACCUCAUUCUUUGCAAUAUGUUUUUAACAGGAAUUAGUUACAUGGGAAGUUUAACAGUUAAUACCAGUGCUGCUGGUUUCAGAUAGAACUUUAGAAGGCUAUUAUUGUAAGUGAGUUGGGAACGAGAUUGUGUAUGACAAGGUUACACUUCUAAUGUGUGACUGUCUUUGUUUGUGUAUUACAAUUUCUGGAAUGUCAGGAAUUCCAAGAAGAAAAGCAAGGAUGUCUAUGAAAGUAUUGACUAUUUUAAAAGCUUUUUUUCCAAAUGUAGACCAAGCAAUAUUUCUGCUUAGACUGCACUAGCUGCAAGUGUGAGAGAAACUGAUGGUAGCACAAUGCAUUAUUUAAUGUUGAAGGCCUUGCAACGUGUGGAAUGCUAUUUAGUAUGGGAUGACUCUGAAUUGAGCCAUGAAAGCCACUGGUUAAUUUGUAGUUUUUCCAACCAUUAGUUGCAGUGAUAACGCAGCACUACCUAACCUGUUUGCCUUACUGUACUUCAAAAGCUUACACAGUAAAUGCUACAGUUAUAUAUGGCUAAUCUGGACAUUUCAACUUGACAUUUAAGGGAUAUUAUGCUAGCAAUUCUCGGUGCGUACUUUGUAUGAAAAGACUGCUUGUACACAGUGAAUGCAUGGGCUACAGUUGCUAAAAUAAAUUGGAGAACACUGCUGUAUUUCAGAAAAUUUGCAAUUCUUAACUAGAAGCAAGGAAGUCUUUGAAGAUUUCAGGCAUGUUCUGAAUCAGUAAAUCUGAUUUCUAUGAAGAGACUGUCUUCAGCAAAACUGUAUCACUUCCUGUUGUUUUACAUGGGCUAUUCUCAAUUUUCAAUAAAAAGAAAUUGAAGCUAAA